AUGAUUCGGAUGUGUAUGAAUGCUUGUGUUACGUUGCACUAUCAUACCCUACUACUACCAUCUCCUCCGAAUAAUAAUACUAAUAAACAUAUAAACAAUCUCUCACAACUACACCACACAAAUCGCAUAAUGGCGCCCCACCACGCACCACCUACCAAAGUCCUCUCAUCGACACCUCUCUCGUCAUACCAGGCGCAUGCCUUCCUCUCCACCUUUACGCUCGCCGCAAACGACGGGGGCGCGGGCCAGAACGAGAUCGUCCUCACGAACCUGAAGCGCAUCGAGCAGGCGCUGCUCGGAAUCUAUGUUCCACGGCCGGUUAAGGAAGACAUGAUUCUCGAGGAGGGCAUGACGGAUAUGGCUGCGCCGAUUGCGAACGAGGAGGUGCCCAUCGAGGGCGUCGGCGAGGAGUAUGUGGAGGGCGAGGAGAAUGGCGAGGAUCAGAUGUACGCACUGGAGGAUAGGGAGGAGGAGAGAAAUACGGUGAUCCCGGAGGUUUCUGCGACUAGGAAGCCCAAGGUGGAUAAGAAGGCCGAUAAGAAGGCUAGGAGAAAGGAGGAGAAGAAGGCAAGAGCGGAGCAGAGGAAAAAAGAGAGGCAGGAUGAGGACGAUGACGAGAAUGAUGAGGAAUAG